AAAUUAUAGAGAUGGCGUGCCCAUAAAAAAUCUCGGCCGGCUCGGACGGACUCAGGCAGGCCCUAUGGAGACAGACCCUAACACGAGUCGGUUAAAAUGGGACGCCGACCUGCGAGAUGUUAUCGCUACUGCAAAAACAAACCAUACCCGAAGUCUCGUUUUUGCAGAGGUGUGCCAGAUCCAAAAAUUAGAAUUUUUGAUCUGGGAAAAAAGAAGGCUUCAGUUGAAGACUUUCCUUUGUGUGUACACUUGGUAUCUGAUGAGUAUGAACAACUGAGCUCAGAAGCAUUAGAGGCUGGCCGUAUUUGUGCUAACAAAUAUAUGGUGAAAAAUGCUGGUAAAGAUCAAUUCCAUAUUCGAAUGAGGCUUCAUCCUUUCCAUGUUAUUCGCAUCAACAAAAUGUUGUCAUGUGCUGGAGCUGAUAGGCUCCAAACUGGAAUGCGUGGUGCUUUUGGAAAGCCACAGGGAACAGUGGCCCGUGUUCAUAUUGGUCAACCCAUUAUGAGCAUACGCUCUUCUGAUCGUCACAAGGCAGCAGUAAUUGAAGCCCUUCGUCGUGCUAAGUUCAAGUUUCCAGGACGUCAAAAAAUUUAUGUAUCAAAGAAAUGGGGUUUCACAAAAUACGAUCGUGCUGUUUAUGAAGAACUUAAAGUAGCUGGGCGACUUGCACCUGACGGUUGUAAUGUUAAAUAUUUGCCAGAGCAUGGACCUCUUAAUCAGUGGAAGAAAUUUAGAGAAAUUUUAGCUAAUGCUUGAAAAUAAAUGCAUUCUGUAAUUUUUUUUUUUUUAAUGAAGCUUUAUUAACUCUUAAUGCAAGGUUAUUUAGCUAUAUACAAAAGGUUACAUAUUUAUAUAGUAUUGGAUAAAUAUAAUGAUAUUUAGAAGAAAAAAAAUAAAAAAACGCAUAA